GGAGUGAGCCGAGCGGCAACGGCGGCGGCGCCGGCCCGCACGCGCGCGGCGGCGGCUCCCUCCCAACCUCCCCCUCCCCUUCCCUCACUCCCCUUCCCCUUCCCCACCCCGCCCCGCCGGGAAAACGCGAGCCGUCGCCGCGCUYCCCAAACCGCCGCCUGCCCUCGGCCAACCGCCCCAACGGCCGCCCGCGCGCGGCUACCCGCGCCCCCUCGCUCCUCCCCUUAGGCCCCUCCGGGAGCUGGAGGUGCUUUCCUGGUCUCCGCCUCGCGCUCUCCCACCUCGCAGGCACGCCGGUGGGCUCUGCCGCCAUGCCCCAGCCACAGGCUGCUCACGGGCCUAGGCGCGGCUGCCCGAGAUAGGGUGCCCUGAGCCUCCCGGGGGAGGAGAGGGAGCCAGCCGCGCGCUCCGCCCCCUCCCCCCGGGCUGUCGCCGCCACCGCCGCCGCCACCUCGCCGCCUCAGCCUGGCGGGGAGGAGCAGCAGCAGGCCUCCGGGCCCCGGCACCGCCGCCCGCAGAGUUGGUGCUGUCAUUGACCAGAGAACUUCAAAAAGAAGAGUACAUUUGUGAGACAUGAUGAUGAAUUCAUUUGGACCUGUUGAAGUACCUAUGGGAUAUCUGAAUGAGGAGUGACAUUUUAUAUAUCAGAAAACCUUGAGUCAAGUGGCUUAAACAUUAAAGACAUUUAUUAUUUCAUACACCUAACGAACUGCUAGGGUAGGGCAACUUCAGAGUUAAUUUGGCACUUUAAUGGCAUCAUCAAAGUCAAUUCUCAACUUUUUCUUUGCCAUCCUUAGAUUAUAGCCUUCCCAUGGUUACAAGACGGUCCCCACAAUUCUGAAUUAUAGCCUUAAUUCCAGAGAUGAAAACAACACGUAGCUAGCUUGUUUGUGGGCUGUUUUGGAAGGGUGGAGGAGUGGCAAUAAGAUCCCUAGCAGGUUAUAUUUUUCUUGGUCAAAAAAAUUUUCUUGAUCACUGUCUUUUAUCUAAAGCAAAUCUUUUAUAUCGACAAUGAAAAUCUGUUGAGGUAUGUAUCUUAUCCCAUACACAAAUCCAACAUCUAUUUUUUAUGACUAUCUUAAGUGAUAGAUGACAGAACAGCCCUACUGAGUACUUUCACUAUCACCACUAUUUUGUGACCCUAAAGCAGUGGUUAUUGUGGUCUGGUAACUCUCUUGGGGAUCCCAGAACUUUUCAGAGGUCAAAACAAUUUCAUAACAAUAUUUUAAGAUAUUUGCUGUUUCUUUCAGAUUCUCUGAGAUAUAUAUGAUGAAGUUUUUCAGAGGCACUUGAAACAUGCUAUCACAACAGACUGAAUGCAAAUGCAGAUAUGGUCCCUGGAUUAUGACUGUCACUUGUUCUGAAGGCAUGUUUCCUCCCUCAACCACAUGAUCCCAAUCAAAGACAUUUGUGAUUCAUUUGCAUCCUUGAAGAGCAUCUGUAGAAGAAGAAGGAAAAGAUGGGUGUGAAAACAUUUACUCAUAGCUCCUCUUCCCACAGCCAGGAAAUGCUUGGAAAACUAAACAUGCUGCGAAAUGAUGGACAUUUUUGUGAUAUCACUAUUCGUGUCCAGGACAAAAUCUUCCGGGCACAUAAGGUGGUACUAGCAGCUUGCAGUGAUUUCUUUCGCACCAAACUUGUAGGCCAAGCAGAGGAUGAGAACAAGAAUGUGUUGGAUCUGCAUCAUGUUACAGUGACUGGCUUUAUACCCCUUUUAGAAUAUGCUUACACAGCUACUCUGUCAAUUAACACAGAAAAUAUUAUUGAUGUUCUAGCUGCAGCCAGUUAUAUGCAAAUGUUUAGUGUUGCUAGCACCUGCUCAGAGUUCAUGAAAUCAAGUAUUUUAUGGAAUACACCCAAUAGCCAGCCAGAAAAGAGUCUAGAUGCUGGACAAGAAAGUAAUUCUACCUGCAAUUUUACUACUCGAGAUGGAAGCAUUUCCCCAGUGUCUUCAGAAUGCAGUGUGGUGGAAAGAACCAUUCCUGUCUGCCGAGAGUCCCGGAGAAAACGCAAAAGUUACAUUGUUAUGUCUCCUGAGAGUCCUGUAAAGUGUAGCACACAAACAAGUUCACCCCAAGUAUUAAACUCUUCAGCUUCCUACACAGAAAAUAGAAAUCAACCAGUUGACUCUUCAUUAGCUUUUCCCUGGACUUUUCCUUUUGGAAUUGAUCGAAGGAUUCAACCUGAAAAGGCUAARCAAGCAGAAAAUACCCGGACUUUAGAGUUACCUGGCCCAUCUGAGGCAGGUAGAAGAAUGGCUGACUAUGUGACUUGUGAGAGCACAAAAACUACCCUUCCUCUGGGUACCGAAGAAGAUGUCCGGGUCAAAGUAGAAAGGUUAAGUGAUGAGGAGGUCCAUGAAGAAGUGUCUCAGCCUGUCAGUGCAUCUCAGAGUUCACUGAGUGAUCAGCAGACAGUGCCAGGAAGUGAACAAGUCCAAGAGGACCUUCUGAUUAGUCCACAGUCUUCCUCUAUAGGCUCAGUAGAUGAAGGCGUUACUGAGGGGUUGCCUACACUUCAAAGCACUUCUAGCACUAAUGCUCAUGCGGAUGAUGAUGAUCGAUUGGAAAGUGUUCAGUAUCCCUACCAACUCUACAUUGCUCCUUCCACCAGCAGUACAGAACGACCAAGUCCAAAUGGUCCAGACAGACCUUUUCAAUGUCCAACCUGUGGGGUGCGAUUCACCCGUAUUCAGAACCUAAAACAGCACAUGCUCAUCCACUCAGGAAUUAAACCAUUUCAGUGUGACCGCUGUGGGAAAAAGUUCACCAGGGCUUACUCGCUAAAGAUGCAUCGCCUAAAGCAUGAAGGUAAACGCUGUUUCCGGUGCCAGAUAUGUAGUGCUACUUUCACUUCCUUCGGGGAAUAUAAACACCAUAUGAGGGUUUCCCGGCACAUUAUCCGCAAGCCUCGGAUUUACGAGUGCAAAACAUGUGGCGCCAUGUUCACCAACUCUGGAAAUUUAAUCGUGCACCUGAGGAGUCUGAACCAUGAAGCAUCAGAGCUAGCAAACUACUUCCAGAGCAGUGAUUUCCUAGUACCGGACUACUUAAACCAGGAGCAAGAAGAGACCCUUGUUCAGUAUGAUCUUGGAGAACACGGUUUUGAAAGCAACUCCUCUGUUCAAAUGCCUGUAAUUUCACAGGUCUCCUCGACCCAGAAUUGUGAAAGCACUUUUCCCUUGGGGUCUCUUGGUGGGCUGGCAGAAAAAGAGGAAGAAGUGCCAGAGCAGCCAAAGACCAGUGCUUGUACUGAGGCUACCAGAGAUGACCCCCCAAAAUCAGAGCUAUCUUCUAUAACUAUUGAGUAAUUUUGUGAUUUGGCUUCAUUUUUGGUUUUUGGAAAGUGCCUGUGCUUGGUCUUGUACAUUUAAAGUUAAUUUAAUUUUUUAAACAAGAAAGGGUUUGGGAAAGAACUUCCCUUUUCACUUUGUAAGCCCUUUGACUAAUGUUUUAUUUUUCAUAACUGAGAGAAAGAUUGCUUCUGUAAGUACACAGCAACAUGAUGUGGAAACAUAAUAGGAACUAUGAUACUUAAGGAAAACCAGUUGACUUAAACUAUAUACCAGUUUUUCCUUCCAUUGUUAAAAGUAGGCUGACAGCGGAUCAUUAGGUAAAGAAGAAAUCAGAUGACUGUUGAUCCUUCUGAGAUGAAAGGGUACUUGAAUAAUUAUUAAACAGAAAUUGACAAAUGGCUCAAGUAGAUGUUUGCUCCUAUACACAGGAAGUUGUAAAGCCUAUUGUUUUGGAAAUAUUUAUGGUAAGCCUUCUUAAAAAUUAUUAAGGUAAAUACUUUUGAAAUCCAGCAUACUUUUUUUUUAAGCUUUGUCAUUUCUAUUAUGAUUCUUCAUGGUGAAAAUUUGGUAUUAGGUAGKCAUUCUCUGUACCUUUAUAGUACCACUCCAAAGGUAAAGAACCAUGAUUAAGAAAAGUCAGGCUAUCAGGAAUGUAGAAUGAAGCAUGUAAAUCCCUGCUUCAUAGAAACUAUUUUAAUACUGCUUUUCUAACUAAAAUUSAUGUUUACCUGGUUUUUGAAUGUUAAUGCCUGGCUAACUAGGUCAUUGCCCCAAUCAAUUUUCCCUUUGCCCCAUCAUCAAUACUUUCUCUUGCAUAUACUGGUAUGCUACCAUAUAAAGGAAAAAUAUUGAAGAUAUUCUAUGUUUUAUAUAUAGGUUUAUGUAUUGGUGGGGAUGUUUUUACUGUGCUGUUUUGGACAAAAUAAAGAAUUCUGUGUUGAGGCUACGUUCUUAACCCAACUAAGAGUGUUUACAAAGCCCUAUAUGAAAGUGAUAUAUGCUACUUGUUCCAAUAUUUUUAGACAUUGCCAAGUUUAUUAAGAGCAAUUAUUAUAGUUUUUACACAAUGUAAGCAAUAAUGUAACAGAUGAGAAGAGGCUAUAAAAUAAUGACGUAUGACUCAUAAAUUGGGGAGAGGGGGAUUAAAUCUUAACAAAAAACUAAAAACCCUAAAUAAUGAAUAUCAUCUUUUUUGCUGCUAAAAAGUGAAAUUUAUAUGAUGCUCUAGGCUGAGGUAUACUUUUCAUCUGGUGCCAUUAAAGUAUCUCUGACUGAUCUGAAAUGGGUCCAUGCCUAAUGAACUUUUGUGUAACUUUUUUUCUAUAUAUAAAAUGUCCAAAGUUUAAUAUGAAAGCACCUGGUUGGAUUAGAAAAAAGAAASAAAUUACAGUCAGGACUUUGGGGGGUUUGGGGGUUUUUUUGAAGGGUGCAGAGUACUGGUGAUUAAAUGCUAAGCACAUGCUCUACCACUGAGCUGCACCCUCUAGCCCUCAUUUCUAGUUUUCUACCUUACUUAUGAACCUGGCUUUUACCCAUUUGCACACAAACACAGGUGUAUCACCUUCAUGAAAUCAGCAUAUAUAGGUUAUAAUGGGCUUCCACCAUUUAUGUUUCUACUCUGAUAGAUCUGAAUUACUUUCCACAAAAAGACUGAUACUUAUAUGAUAGUGCUGUGUCUCAACUAGAAAGGUCAACAGCUUUUAAUGUCAUUGAAAACUGCUUACCAAUAAAUAAUCUUAAAAUUAAUCUCAGAAUCCUACAUAAGGAAAAUUAUGACCAGGAAUCAUAAUAAAAAGAAAAGGAGGGAAGUAAGAAUUAAGAAAUUUGUCGAUUUAUUGAUUGAAAAUAUUGUAGCACAUCCCCUAUCCUGAAAAUCCUACAUAAAAGAGCCCUGCGCCAAACUGGGAGCUCCAAGGUAUUCUUUUGGGGUUUGUUUGUGUUUUGUUGUUGUUGUUGUUGAUAGACCUUUAUUUGUUUAUAUGAAGUGCUGAGACUCAAAUCCAGCACCUCACACAUGCCAGGCAAAUGCACUACCACUGAGCUAGAGCCCCAGCCCUCCAAGGUAUUCUUAACUGUGCUCACAGUAAAGAAUUAUCAUUACUAAGGAUUCUU